AUGACACGUAUGGCAGAUUGUUCGGGGACACUAGAGACUCGACCAAGUGCAUUGUCCCCAACAAAGUUGCACCGUGGUUUUGAAUUGGUCACAUAUAGUGAAAUAGAGUACGAAGGUGACAAGUUCCCCAUCAACUCGGAGGCAACAGAUUCAAAUGGCAGCCCAAUUGAAGGCCGAGCAAACUCUUUCAUGAAUAUAUCUGCACACCAUAGUAGGGAUAAAAGAAAAACCAAGCACAUGAAGGGAAAAACAAAGAAGAAAAUGUUAGGUGCACGAGAGGUUUUGGUUUCCCUUGAGCAGAUGGAAAGUAAUCGGCCCUACCUCUUUGCCUUAUGGUUCCUAAAGGACAAAAACAAUCGGAACUCGUGCUGUGCUGCCAAGACACCUUACUUGAGAUUUAAAUUCAUCCAGUACUGUUUCGAGCGAGACAAUAUGUCCAUUAACCAUAUAUUCAUGGAGGAGUUUGCUCAGCCUUCGACUGGGCUACCACUUGAAUUUGUUGCCUCCGCGUUAAUGGGGAACUUGUCACCUCCCUAUUCUUCGUCGCUAUCUAUGCCCAAUUCAAAACCACGGUGCGACAACUUUGUUGGAGACAAUGCAUACUUGGUCGAAUCUCCAGUGUCCCCGGACAAUCUAUCGUACGUGUCAUAA